ACUACCUCCUAAGUGUAUGAUUUCAGUUUACGGGUCACCUGCCCCUGGUACUGAAGCUAUGCUACACUAUGCUAUACCAAUUGAAGGUGUAGUCCAUCCAGUAACAAUCUUCAUCCACAGAUCAUUAAGAACUACUACUACUACUGUUACUACACCAUCAGUUGAUACAUCAGAUACUACUACUAGUAAUAAUAGACCAACUGAAGCUACAGCUAGUACAACAGGAACAGGUACUGUUGAUCUUGAUAUUGUUAAAGGAAAGGUUCAAAGUGUCUUAAUGAAGAAUCAAGUUGCUUUAAAGAGAGCUUUCAGUCUAUCAUUAGGUGAUAUAUCAGAUGAACUCCUUCAAGUUGGUAUCAUAUCAAAAUCAGUUCAAGAAUCACCAUCUUAUGAUGACAUCAUUGGGUCUUUCCUAGCUGGCCUUACUUUCAUACGCAGGCAGUCUGAGCUUAAUAAAGAAUGUGACACUUUUCUAACAGCAUUAUCUAAUGUUGGGGGACCAGUAGCUCGUGCUGCUGGUAUGUUAAGGGAAGAUUGGGAACAAGCAAUGAACAUGUAACUUUAUUAUUAUCACACAUGCACCUAAUUAAUAUACAUGAUGUAUAC